CAUACGCCUCGCUGCAUCCCCCCGAUCAUCAUGUCGUCGUCGGAGCUGGCGAAGCUUGAGGAGCUCGCCGUCGUCAACAAGCUCACGCAGGAGAUUGCAAAGUAUACGUCCAUCUCGGAUGGCACGCUGGCUGAGUUCGUCCUUUCGCUCCACCUUGCAGCGCCUACCUUUGAAAGCUUCAAGACGAAGCUCAGCGAGGUCGGCGCUGGCGAGGAUAGCGGCUUUACUAUGAGCCUCGUCCAAUCCAUCGACCGCAUCAUCCGCAGAGGACAUCCGAAAUUUCAAUCGGCUGCCAAAAGGAACGCAGCUGCGUCGUCGUCCAAGGCAGCUGCAGACGACUCCGCCACUCGUAGUAAUGAUGACGAUGAGGAGAAGGCGGCAAAGAGGAGACAAUUCCCUGGUCUGAGCAUUCCAGACACUCAACUCGAUACCGAUGAGAAGAGGAGAGCGGCAGCGAGGGACGAACUGGAGGCCAAGAAGGGAAAAGCCAGCAGUAGUGCAGGCAUGGGCGGCGUCGACGACUUCAUGAAGACGUUAGAGGACAUGGAAAAGACGCAUAGACAGACUGGUGCUGCGAGGGAUGGCAGAAGACGGUCGCAAUCGCCGCCAUCAAGACGGGGGGCAGAAGAUACCGGGCGAGGCUACGGGCGCAGCGAUAGUCGCGGCGGCUACGAUGACCGCUACCGCAACGGCAAUGGCGUAGCUGGACCGUCAUCCCGCCUUGACGACAAGCCCAUCAUCUAUAAGUGCUACUCUGGUAGAGUAACGAACAUGAAGGACUUUGGUGCAUUCGUCGCACUCGAUGGCGUCAAGGGAAAAUGGGAAGGCAUGGUCCAUGUCGGCAGCAUUGCGCAAGGUCAAAGGCUCAAUCACCCCUCGGAUCUCUUGGCUCGCAACCAGCCAGUCAAGGUCAAGGUCAUGUCCAUCGCUGGCACCCGCCUCUCGCUUUCGAUGAAGGACGUUGAUCAGGAAUCAGGUCGUGAUCUAACACCGCAUCUUCGCAUCAAGACUGAAGCAGAGCUGGAGGCUGAACGCAGCCGACUCAAUGCCCGCGCCUCAACUGGCGCCAACAGCCAGCCGUUGGGAGGUGGAGCCGGUAGCAGCAGUAGCGGUGGCAGAGGACGCGUCGAGAUCGACGACGAGGCAGAUCGUCGCGGGUCCCGCGUCAAGCGCUUGACAUCUCCUGAGCGAUGGGAGUUGCGCCAGCUCAUUGCUUCCGGCGCUGCCAAGGCCUCUGACUAUCCAGAGCUGCAGGCAGACGAAGAAAUCGCUAUUCCCUCUGCGAAGCAAUUCGGCGCCAGUGCGGAUGAUGAAUUGGACAUCGAAGUGAAUGAGAAGGAGGCGCCCUUCCUACGAGGUCAGACCUCAGCGACUCUCGAGCUAUCGCCGGUAAAGAUCAUCAAGGCGCCCGACGGCACCCUUAAUAGAGCAGCGCUGGCUGGUGCCUCCUUGGCCAAGGAGCGACGAGAGAUGAGACAGCAAGAGCAGAACGACAAGGCCGAUGCAGAGAUGCGCGACACGUCUACGGGAUGGCAGGAUCCAAUGGCCAGCAGUGACCAGCGUCUCUUCGCCCAAGACGUACGCAGCAAUUUGGCAGCCGGCGGAGGUCCAGGUCAACUCGACGAUCGUCCAGCGUGGAAGAAAGAGACGUUCAAUAAAGCCACGACAUUCGGCAAGGUCACCAACAAGACGAUCAAGGAGCAGCGCGAGUCUCUGCCCAUCUUCAAGCUGCGCGAACAGCUCGUCAAGGCUAUCGACGACAACCAGGUCCUAGUUGUCGUUGGAGACACUGGAUCAGGCAAGACGACACAGAUGUGCCAGUAUCUAGCUGAGGAAGGUUUCUGCGAUGGUCGAGCCGGUGGACGCAGGGGCAAAGUUGGAUGCACACAGCCUCGUCGCGUCGCUGCCGUGAGCGUCGCAAAGCGUGUCGCCGAAGAGGUUGGCUGUCGAGUAGGUUCCGAAGUCGGGUAUACGAUCCGUUUCGAGGACUGUACAAGCCCAGAGACACGCAUCAAGUACAUGACCGACGGCAUGCUCCAGCGAGAGUGUCUCAUCGACCCAGACGCCUCCAACUACUCGGUCAUCGUCCUCGACGAAGCGCACGAGAGGACCAUCGCCACCGACGUCUUGUUCGGCCUCCUCAAGAAGACACUCAAGAGGCGAAAAGAUCUCAAGCUUGUAGUCACCUCGGCUACGCUCGAUGCUGAGAAGUUCUCGUCGUACUUCUUCGACUGUCCAAUCUUCACCAUCCCUGGCCGAACGUAUCCCGUCGAGAUUCUCUACACCAAGGAGCCUGAGCCAGACUAUCUCGACGCUGCGCUCAUCACAGUGAUGCAAAUACAUCUCUCGGAGCCGCAGGGUGACAUCCUUGUCUUCCUCACGGGUCAAGAAGAGAUCGAUACGGCGUGCGAGAUCCUAUUCGAACGCAUGAAGGCGCUUGGUUCAGCGGUACCAGAGCUCAUCAUCCUGCCCGUGUACUCGGCGUUGCCCUCCGAGAUGCAGACGAGGAUCUUUGAGCCGGCUCCACCUGGUGCGCGCAAAGUCGUGCUGGCCACCAACAUCGCCGAGACGUCGAUCACCAUCGACGGGGUCUACUACGUCAUCGACCCCGGCUUUGUCAAGCAAAAUGCCUACGAUGCGCGACUGGGCAUGGACUCGCUCGUCGUCACGCCAAUCUCACAGGCGCAAGCUCGUCAGCGCAGCGGCCGAGCAGGAAGGACGGGACCUGGCAAGUGCUACCGGCUGUACACCGAGGCAGCGUACCGCAACGAAAUGCUUCCCAACCCUAUCCCGGACAUUCAACGCCAGAACUUGAGCUCUACGAUUCUGAUGCUCAAGGCCAUGGGCAUCAAUGACCUGCUAAACUUCGACUUCAUGGAUCCGCCGCCUAGUCAGACGCUGCUCACUGCCCUCGAGAACCUCUACGCCCUCUCUGCCCUCGACGACGAAGGCUUGCUGACCCGGCUUGGCCGCAAGAUGGCCGACUUCCCCAUGGAGCCUCAGAUGGCCAAGAUGCUCAUCGCCUCGGUCGACAUGGGCUGCUCAGAGGAGAUUCUUUCCAUUGUCGCCAUGCUCUCUGUCCAGAAUGUCUUCUAUCGACCCAAGGACAAGCAGGCGCAGGCUGACGCCAAGAAGGCUCGCUUCUUCCAGCCAGAGGGUGAUCACCUCACCCUUCUGACCGUCUACAAGGGAUGGGAGUCGAGCGGAUACUCGCAGCCGUGGUGUUCCGAGAACUUCAUCCAAGGACGAUCGAUGAAGCGCGCGCAAGACGUGCGUAAACAGCUGCUGGGCAUCAUGGACCGCUAUUCACAUGACGUCGUUUCAUGUGGCAAGAACUACAAUCGUGUACGACGAGCCAUUGCAUCAGGCUUCUUCCGCAACGCGGCCAAGAAGGACCCUCAGGAGGGCUACAAGUGUCUGGCGGAAGGAUCAGGAUCCGUCGUCUACUUGCACCCCUCGUCUUCGCUCUUCAACCGCGCGCCAGAGUACAUCAUCUAUCACGAGGUGGUCUUGACGACGAAAGAGUACAUGAGAGAGGUGACGGCGAUUGAGCCAGCUUGGCUUGUCGAGGCAGCGCCGAGAUUCUUCAAGACGGCGGAUCCCAAUGCCAUCUCGAAGCGCAAGAAGGGCGAGCGCAUUCAGCCCCUCUUCGACCGCUUCGCCACGGACCAGGAUGCUUGGCGUAUCAGUCGCGUCAAGCGUGCCACGAAGAGCAGCAGCACCUUUGGAUGAGCUGGAGCCUGUGCGAUUUGAUGAAUGUAAAGAUGCUCUUUUCUGGAA